AUGAUCCGCGCAGAUCCAUUUGCACCAGUCACAACCACCAGCACUCUUGUGGGUGCUAUCAACGCAACCACGACAUCAACGAUAACAACAACGACAACCACCAAGGCCACCAUGGCUGCGCCAGCCUUUCUACCGCCGCCGCAGGCCUUCAGAUCCACCGGAUUGUCUGCGCAGUCACCGUAUGCGCUGUCUCUCAGCGCAAAUAGCCCAUUCGAUCGCGACGCCUCCAUGAAGCCCGUCGGCACACCCGCGAACCCAGCGCAAGUGUCGCCGGUCCUGAUCCGUCGCCUACCGCUGGACACGACCGAAGACCAGCUGAGGCUCAUGGUCGUUUUCUCCAAGGACUUGGUGGACGUGGAGGUAUUAUCGCCUGAACAGUCUAACGAUAAGAACUUUCGAUCGGCGGUCCUGAAGUUCAAGACGCCUGCUGGCGCGCAGCAAGCCAAGGAAAUGCUUCAUGGAAAGUCUAUUUCUAAAGACGCCGAGAUGAUUGUCGAUAUUCUAUCCAGUAGUCCAUCUUCGUCGAGGAUGUUUCCAAGCGAGAUGCCAGGUUCUACAGCCUCUAGCACUGGUUCCUCCACAGCCUCAUCCGGACCAUCGUCGCGACAACCGUCACGUUUCAACGGUGGCUUCCAGUCCAUGGAGAGGAUUUCCCCGCCGCUGAGUUCACUCUACGGAACCACCGAGCUGCCAAAUCCUGCAUCAGGCGAUCAUUUCCAGAACAUUUUCUCGCCUCAGUCUCCGAUCGGCAACCAUUUGACCGACCGCGCUCGUAUUUCAAGCAAGAGUCUAAUCAUCCAUGACGCUGCUGAGGACGAGGAGACCCAGGAAUUGUUGAACAACCCACUCGCGUUUGCAGAAAAUGGCCCUGGUCAAGGUCGACGAGCAACAGCACCUCAGCUACCAAUUUCUAGAAUGGCUAAUCUCUCUUUGAACACUACUUCCCCUGGCCCUGCGUCAGUGCCCCAAUACGGUCAUCCAAAUAUGGCUCCCAUGUCGGCUCAUGGCAACACCAUGUCGCCGACCAUCAUGAAUAACGCCAGUCAUUCGGUAAACUUCCAGAUGUCGAAUCCGCCGCCCUUCCAGCGCCACAACUACCCACCGGUCAAUCCCGCAGAUCAGAACCCACCUUGCAACACUCUGUAUGUGGGUAAUCUGCCGAUCGAUACGUCCGAGGAAGAGUUGAAGGCAAUGUUCUCCAAGCAACGUGGCUACAAGCGACUUUGCUUCAGAACGAAACAGAAUGGACCCAUGUGUUUCGUUGAGUUUGAAGAUGUUUCCUUCGCCACCAAGGCGCUUCACGAUCUGUACGGCCAGCUUCUGCACAAUAGUGUCAAAGGCGGCAUUCGCUUGAGCUUCUCCAAGAACCCGCUUGGUGUUCGUUCAGGCCAGAGCCCCGGACAGGGAGGUGGCACUCCCAUGGCUGGGUUGAACAACAUGAUGACUGGAUCUGGUAACGGGUUUACUACUGCAAAUGGCCCUCCGCCAGGUUUACCGGGCCCCCCGGGCAUCAGCCGCUCGGGCUAUGGAGCAACUCCCUCCUCCAUGGUCAAUGGCCAUACUGCUCCAUAUUCCACAGCGACUUACGGUACCAACUCUCCUAGCAUGUGGAACAACUCAGGCUACCCUGGCCCAUUGUCAACUGGCGGCACGGCUUCACCCAUGCCGGCCACACCCUCUGGAUUCCCAUCCUACAUGAUGGGCAAAUAA